AUGGCAGAGGUCGUCGGCGCUAUCUCCGGAGUAUCCGCACUUGUCACUGGCACCUUGCAAGGGAGUAUAAUACUUCUGAACACGAUUAAAAGCUACAAAGGUCAUCAGACACUUGUACACGAAUUCCUGGAUGGUCUUGCUGCUUUCAUCCAAGUUCUAAACAAGCUCGAUGAAACAAUCAAAUCUGUCCGCGAGGUGGACUUCUCUAUGCUCGAAAUUCCUCUACGACAGUGUGACCACACAUGCAAAGCGUUGUACGAGGAGCUGCUCAAAUGCGUAUCGCGAUCGAACGAUACCCAUACGAGCUUACGAGACUGGCUUAGGCUAAAGUACAUGGGGGAGGACAUCGAUGGUAUCCGAAGGUUGUUGGCUGAGCACAAAAUGACCAUUCAAAUUGCACUCGCAGAUGUAAAUCUUCGCGAAUCCUCUGCGACAGUCGAAAAGAUCCAGAUGUAUACUGAUCUUUUGAAUACAACAAAGGCCAAUCUUCAAGACCGUCUCGAGAGGAUUGACGAGAAAAUGGAUAGCAUAAUAGUUCAAAACAAGGGAGGUUCCGACAAAGAUGCAUUUGAGGUCAAAUUGAUUGAGGAGGAGCGGUUGAGUACUGAGAAAUGUCUUCAAAUUUGUACCCAGCUAUCCGACCACAUCGGCCAGAUCCAAAUUGCGGCAAAGCUCAGCAGCAGCAAAACUGGGCCACUAGGUUCGAGUUCUCUACCUCAAAAAGUGGUGGACGAAGGCUUCCAAGGUUGCGUCGAUAGCCUUUCUCGAGCGACCUCAAAGUUGGAAGAGCAUGAGAGGCAGCUUUUUGAUCGGUUGAUGGAAACAUCGAAGACAGCGCUUUUCUCGGAGGAUGACCGUACAGAUAUUGCACGGUUGCGAGACGAAUGGCUUACAACUCGGCACAACCUGAAUAUCUGGUCUGCAGCACAGGGUCACCUAAGGGAUAAGGUGAGCGUUAUCGAGAAUUACGCCAAAGGCGACGCCAUCCAAAUCAUGGCUUCAGCUGGGGGGAAGACCAUUCAUGGCAAAAAUCAAGGGUUUGGUGCAAAGACGGGGCAAGUGGCCGGUUAUAUUAAUGAUGACACAAUUCAGCAGGCUCUGCGCAUGAUGGGGGGCAUUUUUGGCCAAACUACCAAGCCGGACGAUACGCAUGUGGCGAGUGAGACUUCACCCGUUGCUGUUAACGGCACGGUCGAGGCAACCGGCUCAAGCUUCAAAGGCAAAGGCUUCCAACUUGCAUCGAAACCCUCCUUCGGCAGCAGACAGUGCUGA